AUGGCAGACAAUACACGCGACAAACUUCAAUGCCCACUCCCUGAUGUUUGUCCUCGGCGAUUCAAGGGCAUGCAUGAAUACUUCUCCAAGAAGUUCGGUGGGAAGUCUAUUGAUCCAAGCGAGCGACGACAACUCGCGGAGGAUGUUCUGGCGUCGACUGGUCAGUCGCAGGAUAUCGGCAUCGACCCUUUCCUGCUCGGACCGCAAUUGCUGCACGCGGGUCGCGCCAAAGACUAUGUCGAACUUCACGACCAGGUUCAGACGAGCGUGAACCUGCUGGACUCGCUCGAGUCCUUCCUGUCGACGUUCCAGAAAGACCUUUCCGCCGUGUCGGGGCAAAUAUCGGAGCUGCAGGAUAGGAGCAAGGAUAUCGAGAAUCGGUUGAAGAGUCGGAGGAGGAUAGAGAAACCUCUGUCCAACCUCGUUUCCGAUAUCAUCAUACCCCCACCCCUCGCUACUCUUAUACUCGAUACCCAGCCUGGGGAGCCAUGGAUACCGGCUAUCGAAGACUUUGAGCGCCGAUUGGUGACCUCGAGGGCCCGCACGCGCGUCAAAGCUGCGAGGGAUCUCGGGGAUGUUAUGGAGGGAUUGAAGAUUGCCGCGGCCACCAAACUGCGCGCUUUCUUCCUAUCCAUGUUCCACCCUAUUCGUAGCAGCGUCACCACCAAUAUGCAAGUCAUCCAAACCUCGGUCCUGCUGAAGUACAAACCGCUGUUCGGCUUCCUGCAACGACAAGUCCACGACGUGGCCAACGAGCUGCAACGGGCGUACGUGGGCGCCGCUAGGGUCUACUACGAGACCGGGUUUCGGCGAUAUGCUCGCAGCUUGGGAUGGGUGAAGGCCAGGAAAGUCGAGAAAUCCGAACUCAUUACGAGCGAAACGAACAAGGAAGCAGACUUGGAAUCGAAGCGGCUCACUUACGCUAAGAUUGACGGGCCUGGCGUCACGUUGGCGUACAUGGCUGACGACAAGACCUUUGUAGAACCGCUGGAAGCACUCUUCCGCUCCCUGCUCUUGGUUUUCAUGGACAACGCCACCGCCGAAUAUACCUUCAUCUCGUCCUUCUUCAUCAACGAGCCUUUGCAAACAGUCACCUCCUCGGAUAGCAGCAGCCUCUUUUCGCCGACUUUGCUCUCGCCGACGCAAGAGAACCCCUCAUUCGGCGGGUCAGAGUUGGGCGAAAAGCGGAGGACGGCCAGCGUCUCCAGCUUCAACAUGACCGCGCCGUCGUUCGCGACGGCGAUGAAGGAAGAUCAGGCUGCGGCGGACUCCAUCUGGAAGCAGGUCAUGGAUCCGGUGCUCGAGUACUGCCAGACCUUCGUCAAGGGCGCACUGGAGCCUAUGCCACCCGUCGUGCCGCUGUUGACGAUGAUCCGCUUGACUGAGGACGUUGUCGCCGAAGUGCAAAAACGCGGCUGCCCUCCCGUCGAGUCCUACAUCUUCACCCUCCGCCUGCAGCUGUGGCCCGCAUUCCAGAAGGCGAUGUCCGACCACGUUGAUGCGCUGAAGAAGCUCGCGGAGGGCGCGAGCGCUGGCUACUUCAGUCGCGCCGCGACAAUUACGGAGGAUACGUUGACCGCGAUCAGCAGACGUUACGUUUCCUUGUUCACAUCGUUCGUGACCUUGACGGAGCAGGAGGAAGAGGCCAUGAUCUUUUCCAAUUUGCUGCGCCUUCGUCAAGAACUCAGCAAGUUGAUCCUGCGUUAUGCGUCGAAAAUUAGCGAUCCCGUAGCCAUGAACACAGCGCUGGCAAGAGUAUACGACAAUCUUUUGCGAGGCCUGAGUGCCGGCACGCAUGCUACUGCACAUCCGAAGACGCAGCAAGAGAUCGCAUACUGGUCCAAUUUGGAAGAGGACGCACGUAGGAAGAUCGUUUCAGCGAGCCAGACACGCCGGCCAAGAUAGCCUAUUCGCGAUGCCCUGUUUAUCUUCGUUCUCGUAUGCGCACUGUGCACGUCGGACCAUGAUGCUUCGAAGGCGCCAACUUGCACUGAAGAGCGGUGAUCGCACGGAAGCCGCGAUGUCAAGGUUCGUGUAUAGAUGAGUCACGGGCAAAGUACGUUGCGGAAGUUAUUGCCUGGUAAUAAA